GCUCUUCUUUUUCGGCAUAUACUUUUCCUCACACUUCCCGAAGCCAGGCCGUAACUCUUCUCAUCGCGUUUAGACAUCUCGAAAAGAGCGAGGGGCAAAGAAAGACGCAAUGUGCCAAGUCACUCUGCACCAAAACGUGAACUGCAAGUGUCGCUGGGGCGAGAUCAGCCUUCCCUGUGGGCCUGGUAUGGGUUUCAGCACCUGUGGGCAGAUCGGCAGCGGCGUGGCGCGACCAGGACCCAUGACGCAGAAGUCCGCAUACAGGCUGUGUCCGGAACAUGGGCUACACGGAGUCUACGACCGGAACUGUAUCCGCAUGGUUGUUGGCACCCGGAGGGGCCUUAAGUGGGGGACGGGCCCGAACCGACAGGAUUCCGGGUGCGAGUUUCGAUGUGUCGUGAUGUGAGGAAGUUGAAGACGUAUUGUGUAUUAGUAUUCAUAUCUAGGGACCAGGGGCUAGAGAUCAAAACGUAUUGAGAACUGGGCAGCACCAAAUUGAACCUAACACAGCGCAGGAGGGGUCAAUUUCGGUAGAGAUGAUUGCAGAGGAAAGAAACAAUGGGAGUUGCGCAUUCUGGAUGUUGAAAUCGAGGAUGAUGCUAAG